GCAGAUUUACAGACCUUUCCUUUAGGAGUCUCACUUAUGAUGCUCAAGCCUUGGACACACAAUAGAAUCAUCUCAUCAGAGACAGGGACUCAACUGCCCAAAAUGAGUUUUGUAAAAGCUCGUCCUCACUUGCCAUUGAUGUUUGCCAUCUGCUGCCUGAGUACUCUGCAUCUCUCCUUAGGAUUGCCUCAGUCAGUGCAGAAUUAUAUGGAAGGUCUGGAUAUUCCUGAAAGUAAGAGCCUAGCAUUCUGCUUCAGACAACAAAUAGCACUACCAGAUCAACUUCAGAUUUCUAGUUUUCUCAUGGAUCUGUGUAGUUUGAUCUACAAAAGAAUGAAAUUUAAAGAGGAAAAUAUCCAAGAUACUAACAAAAGAUUUUUAUUUCAGUAUUCCAGACCUCAAACUCCCACAAUCAAAACUGGGGAGAACUCUGCUACUGUUGCAAGACCUUUUUUCCUUUUUAGGCCUAGAAAUGGAAGAAAGGUUUCCAUAGAUGAACAUUAACUUAAAAUAAAGUACUCGUGGAAUACGCAUGGGAUGAAUGAGAACGCAAAACCUCACGCCACAAAAGUGAUUUUAUAGACACAAUGUGCUGUACAUGAACAGAAAGUCUUGUUGCAUACAAUACACUGAAGGUAUUUUGUGUGUUUAAAAACUAAAUUUGAGAAUACCUUUCAAGCAAUGUAUUGCUUUGUAAUUUUAGUUCAAACAUUUUUAAAAUUAAAAGGAUUUA